AUGAGCCAACGCGGAGAUGUCGACACCCAAUCAAGAUACCCAUACACUUGGCAACAGAGCUCGUAUGUAAAUGAAAUCCAUCUACUCAACUUUGACAUUGUUCUAAUUGUUUCUGGAGAUCUUCCGGCUCAAAUUGAGAACAGUCGUCGAUAUGGCGUUUUGAAAGUUACUUUGUAUGAAGGCUCCGGUAUCUCCAUGGAAUCCGCAAGCUUUCAUGGGACAACAGGACUUUUCCUAGGUGUCGUAAAAUUGCAUGCUUGGGAUGAUGAGAGCUACAAAUACGGUGGAAUAAACGUUACUGCGAUUUUGGACCAAGAAAGUUACGCUACCGUUCCAAAAUGGCUGGAUGUUCAGAAUGGGGCUGGUAAAAUCCUCAUCGGAAUUGAUUUCAAGGAGCGGAGACAUCCAAGUGUGGGAUAUAUCCAUUCCUCGGAAACUUUCGACUAUAUGGAGAUUAUUGGAGGCAGAAUGGGCUUCGCCGUGUUAAGGCCGAUGUGA